AUGGCUGGUAUUUCUGCUGCUCGUUUAACAGAAGAACGCAAAGCUUGGCGAAAAGAUCAUCCAUUUGGUAUUCCAGGUAAAACUGGUACAGCAUGGGAAGGUGGUUUAUUCAAAUUGCGAAUGUUAUUUAAAGACGAUUACCCGUCCACUCCUCCUAAAUGUAAAUUUGAACCACCAUUAUUUCAUCCAAAUGUUUACCCCUCUGGUACUGUUUGUCUGUCAUUAUUAGACGAAGAAAAAGGUAAUUGUUUUGGAUUACCGGCAAUAACCAUCAAACAAAUAUUAUUAGGUAUACAAGAAUUAUUAAAUGAACCAAAUUGUAAAGAUCCAGCACAGGCAGAAGCUUAUGCGAUUUAUAUGCAAGAUAAAGUCGAAUAUGAAAAACGUGUUAGAGAACAAGCAGCUAAAUUUAGAACACAAGACAUAUGA